AUGACAAGUGAAGUGCAGAAUCAACCACAGCCUAGAAGAAGAUUCGUUGGGGCAAGAAAAAAGGUGGAAAAUAAUGAAGCUUGUGCUUGCAAGGAUUCAGCAGUCGUUCAUAAACCUAAGGCUAGAAUAAGUGCUGCCCGAGCUAUUAACCAUAUACCGGAUGAAAUUCUAAAUGAUGAGGAUCUCCUGAAUGCAAUCAAGCUACUUCCUCAGAAUUACAAUUUUGAAAUACACAAGACAGUUUGGAAUAUCAAAAAGCAAAAUGCCAAAAGAGUCGCACUGCAGAUGCCUGAAGGCUUGUUGAUAUACUCCUUAAUUAUAAGUGAUAUCUUGGAACAGUUUUGCGACUGUGAGACGGUGAUAAUGGGGGAUGUUUCGUAUGGUGCAUGCUGCAUCGACGACUAUACGGCAAGAGCCUUAGACUGUGAUUUCAUCGUUCACUAUGCACACUCCUGUCUUGUCCCGAUAGAUGUGACAGAGAUCAAAGUCCUCUACAUCUUUGUUACCAUCAGCAUUGAUGAGGAGCAUAUAAUAAAGACAUUAAAAAAGAAUUUUCCUAAAGGUUCUCGUUUGGCAGCCUUCGGUACCAUCCAGUUUAAUCCGACAAUUCACAGCAUAAAGGAUCGAUUACUCAAUGAUGUGGAUCACAUGUUAUACGUGGUUCCACCCCAGAUUAAACCACUAUCAAGAGGUGAGGUUUUAGGCUGUACUUCCGAAAGACUCAACAAAGAACAGUAUGACGCGAUGGUUUACGUUGGUGACGGAAGAUUUCACCUGGAGUCGGCCAUGAUUCACAAUCCAGAAAUUCCGGCGUAUAGAUAUGAUCCAUACAGCAGAAAAUUUACUCGAGAGGGCUAUGAUCAACGUCGUCUUGUCGAGCUCCGGACAGAUGCGAUUGAAACGGCACGUCAUGGUAAAACUUUCGGUCUAAUUUUGGGUGCUUUAGGUAGACAAGGAAAUCUGCCCACUGUCGAAAAUCUAGAGAAAAAACUCACUGCUGCUGGUAAAACAGUGGUAAAAAUAAUACUCAGUGAGAUCUUUCCCCAGAAGCUAGCUAUGUUCAGCGACAUUGACGUGUUUGUACAGGUCGCUUGUCCCAGACUAUCCAUCGACUGGGGUUAUGCUUUUAACAAACCUCUGUUAACGCCCUACGAAACCAAUGUUUUGUUAACUCAAGAUGUUAUGUUUACAGAAAAAUAUUACCCAAUGGACUACUAUGAGGCCAGUGGUUACGGUCGUGGAAAAAUUCCAACUCAUGCAACUCAGAGUUCUGAAUAG